AAACAGCGCUCGAUAGUAUACAAACAAGUAAGGAGGCAACGAUUAUCUAUGAUCUAAAUAGUAGUUAAAAAACAAGUUUUUAAUGUUUUAAAUUAAAUUAUAUAAGUAUUUCGCAUGAUAUGACAAUAACUCGUUAUUUAUUAUCAAAAGUGAUAGCUAAUUCGUAUAUAUGUACAUAAGUUUGUGUACUAUCAUUGGGAACUUAAUCAGAGUUAACCUAUUUAUCAGUAACAAGAAGAAAAAACAAACAACGAGAAUAAUUUUAGUGAAGAAGAAUAUACGUGAUUACAAAAAUGGCAUCAAGCAGGGAAAGACGUUCAAAUGCCGGGAAGAAGAUGAAGGGGAAGACGAAGUAGACUCUGAUUUCAGUAUAGAUGAAAAUGAUGAACCAAUUUCAGACACAGAGCAGGAAGGGCCUAAAAAGAAACGUAGAUUAGUGACAAAAGCUUAUAAGGAACCUAAAGUUCAGUCGCAACUGCCACAGAAAGAGAAGAAAGUGAGACAACCAAAGCAUCAUAAACAUUUCAUAGAAAGUACAGAAAGAAAAUCUAUACGCCGUUCAACUGCUGCAAAAUCAGCUGCAACACAGAGACGAUUGCGUGAAAGGAAUGAAGAUCAGAAAAGAAAAACAAGAGUCAUAAGACAUGAUAUAUGGAAACCGACUCAGGAAGAAUUGUUAGAGGAAGCUUUAGAGACUGAACAAAUUAAUGUGAAAUCAUUGGAGAAAUAUCAGAAAUUAGAAAAUGAAAAGAAAAAUACUAGAACAGUAAGAAAAGCACAAACUGGACCUAUGAUUAGGUAUCAAUCUCUAUCAAUGCCAGUUAUGGUGCUCUCUGAAGUGAACGUUGACAAAGAAGACAAUAAAAUUAAUAUUGAGAGAGAUGAUGAAAAAAGUAUAAAUGCGAAUUCUGAAACUAGAAGUUCAGAUGGAUUUGAAAACAGCAAUGUAGUUGUAAAAUUAGAAAACGAUGUGAAGGAUACUAACAAAACCGAGUCAAUCUUAAAAACACGUUACGAAGGAUCAAAAAGAUUUUACGAACGAACAUUCAUUACUUUUGAAAAUGAAAAAUUAUUUUCUAAUGCAUUUAAAAAAUCUACUGCCCAGAUACCACCGUCAAAAGCUUUAUGUUCGAUUACAAGACUGCCUGCAAAAUAUCUGGAUCCUAUGACUCAAUUGCCAUAUAAGAACGUUCAAACAUUUCGAUUAUUACGUGAAGCGUAUUAUCAACAAUUGGAGGCUCGGACAGAUAUUAAUGAUACAACACAAAGUCCAGACCUAUUACGAUGGCUUGAAUGGCGGCAGAAGAAUCAGGGUGUUUCUCAAAGAAGUAUGAUACGUCUUGAAACAGCUUCUACACCUAUGCAUUCGUAGUGACUUUUCAAGAUUAAUAGUAUUAUAAAAUAGUACUUUCAUUGUUACUUCUAUCAGAAAUGUUCUCUACUUUUCUUUUGUCAAUUAAAAUUUUUUGUAUAUAAUCAUUACUUUUAAAAAAAGUAAGUAAUUAGUCCAAAUUAUUUUCGUUAGCAUAUAUAGAUGAUUAAAAAGCAGUUUUUUAAGAGUAUCUAUUGUAUUAAAAAUUUCAUAAAACUUGGUAGAAGUAUGAUGAAAGUCCUUGAGAAUAAGUUAGUUACAUAAGCGACAGAUUUGUAAAUAAUUGUAUAUUUUAUUCGCGUUCUAUUGUAGCAUGUUUUUUUUUUUGUAAAAAGUUACAAUACAACAGUUAUUUGUACAUAAAGUUGAAUCUUAUUAUUGUUAUCGUUUGACGCUAAUAAAUGCAAUGUAUUGGGUACGAUAAAAUAGUUCAAAUAACUCGA